AUGUCUGGAAGUACGCCUACUACUACUGCUACUAAUACUGAACCCACCACGCAACAAAUCGAUUUCUUGAUCGUGGGCGCUGGUCCUGUCGGUCUCUUGGCUGCCAAUCUCAUUAUACAAGCUGGUUUUUCGGUGCGUAUUCUUGACGUCGAAUAUGAACCAAACCAUUGGGGACGGGGUGACUGGAUCCAUGGUCGUACGUUGGAACUUUUAGAACGUGCAGGAUUGGCCGAGGAGCUCCUAAGCACUGGUGUCAAGGUAGACCAGAUUGCAUCGUACAUGAAUGGUGAGCUACAGUCAAGCAUUCCUUUUGUACCAGACGAGGUUGAAUCAAAGCAUCAAUACCUUUUAUGCGUUGGUCAGCAUAUCACAGAAACCAGCCUCCAAUCAAGCUUGACAAACCAAGACGUUGAGGUAGAACGACCUGCGACAGUGAUCAAUAUCAUUGACGGACCGGAUGCCAACUACCCUGUUCGAACCACAGUGAUGCAUCUGCGCGAUGAAGCCCGGACGGAGCAGGUAGACUGCAAGUAUUUGUUGGGCUGUGAUGGAGCACACAGUGACAUUCGCCAACAGCUCGGGAUCCAGACCGAGGGCGAGACCACAGAGACGCAUGCAGGCGUGAUUGAUGCUCUGGUUAGAACUAACUUUAAUGCGGGACGAAAAGAUGUGUGCAUGCUGCAAAACGAUGUGGCGAAAACCAUCAGCUUGUUUCCCCGCGAGAACGGAUUGACGCGGAUAUUUGUGCAUUUCGACGAAAACGAGCUGGAAAUGAGAAAGGAACAAUACAACCGUAACAAGAUACAACUGGAGGACAUUCAACGUGAGGCAAAAAGGGCUCUGCUUCCAAACCGACUCGAGUUUUUGGGCAUUCUAUAUUGGUCCGUCUAUGUCGUCGGUCAACGGUUGGCUACUCAAAUGGAUGCUAUGCGCCAACGGGUCUUUCUUUGUGGUGAUGCUGCUCAUUGUCAAAGUCCUACCUUGGGUCAGGGCGUCAACACUGGCUUUGGCGAUGUAUUCAACUUGGUUUGGAAAUUGUGCAUGGUGGAACGAGGCGUGAUCAAGCGUGACAUUUUGUCGACGUACACAGCCGAGCGUAAACCUGUGGCACAACAGGUGUUGGCUGUAGACAAGGUGGCUGCCAAAGCAGCAGCAGGCCAUCAAUCCUCUAAGGAAUACUGUAGCAUCGUACAAGAACAUCGUGCAUUCACCACUGGUUUCGGUAUCCAAUAUCGAAACAGCAACAGCAACAGCGAAACGAACAAGAACCCAUUGCUGCUCGGUAGCAAUAACAGUAAAAACCAAGCACUAGUACAGACAGGCAUGCGUGCACCCAACUUCAAAGUGUUCCACUAUGCCACUGGCCGCAAGACCCGUCUUUUCGAAAAAGUACAUGGCGACUGGCUCGCAUUCAAUAUGCUUGUUUUAGCGGAUGAUUUGGUAAAGUCCCAUGCUGCUGUCGAGUCCUUGUUGCAAUGGAAGCACCCGGCCUUGUCAACACAAAUUGUGAUCACCACUACACCGGCAGACAAGAUUGAGUCUGAAGGUAUCUUGGCGGAUAUGAAGGAUCGUAUCAUGUUGGACAAGCUGAACCGUGCUCAAGUACAUGCUGCGUAUCAUAGCAACAACAACGAGGAGGACGUGCAGGCAGUGAUCGUAAGACCGGAUGGAUACAUUGGAGCCAUUGCGGGUGGCUCAACGCCAGACGAGCUCGUGGGUGCUGUGAAAAAGUACUUUGAUGGAUUUACUGCCUAG